AUGCGCUCCACCGUCGCCGCCGCCUUUGCGCUUCUGCUGCCUUCUCUCGUGGCUGCCUCAGCUGCCCAGUCUGAAUGCCUGCAAUCAAAGGCCAAGGAGCUGGCCGUCCGCUCCCAAUGCGGCGACAAGAAGUUCCUGCUCAAGUGCUUCCAGACCGCUUCUGACCUGGCUCUGGAGAACACCGUCCAGGACUGCCUCACCAGGGCAGGUUGCACAGACAAGGCCGCCGCCAGCGAGGCUAGCUACCUGCUGACCCUCUGUGACGGCAAGUCCGAUGAGUUGAGACGACGAGAGCGCGAAGAGGCUCUCGCCGCUCGCAACAACGUGCGCGCAGUUGACGCUGUGGCUGCCGCGACCACAACCACCGACUCCGCCUCGAUAGAGACCGGUGCUGGCGCGGGCAUUGCUGCCCGACAAACCACAACCGCGGCUACUAGCUCAAGUAUAGGGCCCUGCUCGACCGAGACCAUCACGGCUGUGACAUCGUACUAUGAAGGCAAGAAUGACUACACCGUCCAGACCAAGACCACCUCGGUAUGCAAUGCGGCCUACUUCUGCACCCGAGACAACGACGGCAACGACCUCUGCAUGGUCCGCCAGGACGGCAUGACCCUCUCGGGCAGCAUCGUCGGCAUCUUCCUGGCCAUCGUGCUUACCGCCAUCAUCGCCACCGUCAUCUUCCUGUGCUGCCGUGACCGCAAGGAGCAGAAGCGCAUCCGCGCACGUGCCGAGGCCGCUGCUAUUGCCAAGGCCAACGCCAUCGAGUCCCGGAGGCCCGAGGCUUCGCAGGCCGCCCGGAGCAUGAGUCAGAACAACCACGGCCCCAGCGGCGGCCCGAACCCCUUCGCUGGCUAG